CAACCAGACGACUCAGAGCGGCUGACGGGUGCGGUCGGGAAAGCUGCCUUGUCAUACUUCGAUCGCCUCACGCAAAGGCAAAUUUGUAGUUAAUUAUUUAAUAAUACUUUAACAUCAAUUUCCGUUCGACCGGUAAUAUCACACAUUCACAAGCAUAAUGGAAGACUUCAAUGGAUUAGAGAAACGAUUCGUGGAACAGCACAAAAUUCAGCUCGAAUCUUCGGGAGUGCCUAAACAUUUGUGGCCAACGGUAUUUAAGAAGCUGCAGGGACAGGUGUACGAUGCUGGUGAAAAUUUCCAGCUCUGCCAGCUCACGUAUUCGGAUGAAGAGCACGAAGAGGGUGACCCUCUGUGGCAAGUCAUUGUCAUCAAGCAGGACGGCAUGAAAGCCAAUGAUCCCGACAGUGUAUUCUUGAUCGAUCAUGCCUGGACAUUUAGUGCCAACGAAUCACGUCAGCACUUGACAAAGAUCCCGGGCUUGCUGGAAAGGAUGGUGGCGCUGAUGGACAUUCCAAAUGAAGAUAAUACAAGGGAGGAAUUUGUCGAGAAAGUGCUAAGGGAGAUGUGGAAGUUCUGUGACACAUACAGUCUUGUUGGAAAGACCCCGGAAGAACGGCUUCCAGUAUGGUACAUCAUGGACGAGUUUGGUGCUCGAAUUCAGCACUGUGGAGAACCAAACUUUAGGGUUGUUCCUCUUUACUAUUCUCCACAUCAGUGUUGUUACUCCUUGCUUUUCCCUAUUCAGGAUGUUGAAGAAGGCGACGAGGUUACGAGGAAUUUUGUGGAGACACCACCUGUUGAUUCUCUCACUAGGGAUGCACAGAUGCUUCCUUGGUUUCCGGUCGAUUUAACACAUGUUGAUCCGCAGCAGACGGAACCGCCCACUGAUUUCUUUGAGGACACUGCCAGGAUUGAACUCCACUACCAGCAGCUAGGACGCGCAGAGCAAAGAACCACACAAAAUGACGCAGAAGACGGGUCUGGACACAUUAGUGAGACACUUCCAGACCCAGAUUCUGUUGUGGCGGAUCUCCCUAAAGAUAGACCACUGCGGGUAUUUGCCGAGUACGAGUAUGUAAGGGACUAUCUUACCGACAGCCGUUUUGUAGUAACAGAUGUGGAGGAUGAGGCUGACAUUCUUUGGCUUGUCACACACUUUAAGGAUUACAAGGGUCUUAGAGAGAAACCACACUGUCGAGUAAACCAGUUCCCCUGUGAGCACUUGAUAACCGUAAAGGACCUCCUGGCCAUUGUGUGCAGAAGGGCUGCAGACCAAGAAAAGAGUGAAGAGAAGGAAACAAGUGGACCCUCUUGGCUGCCUGUAACUUAUUGUUUAAAAAGGGAGCUUGUGAAGUUUGUUUCACUCUUUCAGAGGAGAGAAAAGCGAGGAGAAGACAACCACUGGAUCAUUAAACCCUGGAACCUAGCACGAGGCCUGGACCACACCAUCACCAAUAAUAUAAACCACAUUGUACGGUUGCCUGCUACUGGUCCAAAAAUUGCUCAGAAGUACAUAUCAAACCCUGUCCUGUUCCAUAGAGAUGACAUCAAGUGUGAUGUCAAGUUUGAUGUCCGCUACAUUGUGAUGCUGCUAAAUGUGAAACCACUGAAGGUUGCUGUGUACAAACGCUUCUGGAUUAGAUUUGCCAACAAGCAGUUUGAGUUGAAUGAGUUGGAUGAUAGUCAGAAGCAUUUUACAGUUAACAAUUAUAAUGAUGCAUAUCUUCUGCAGAUGUACUGCCACGACUUCAUUGCCAAAUUCAAUGCCCAAAAUCCAGAACAUCCUUGGAAAAUUACGGAGAAAAAACUGUUUGACAUAUUUCUUCAGGUCUUUAAGGCAGCCACCUCUCAAGAUGCUCCUGGUGGCAUCCCACAGAAUGCUCAGUGCAAAGGGUUCUAUGGAUUUGACAUCAUGCUGGAAUGGAUGGAGAAGGAUGGUCAGAAAACCAUGCAGCCAAUAAUUCUGGAAGUCAAUUUCAAUUCAGAUUGUAAAAGGGCUUGUGAAUAUUAUCCUGAAUUCUUCAAUGAUGUUUUUAGUGUCAUGUUUUGUGAUGAAACAGAUGGUCAUAAUGUUGCAGUUCUUCAGUAACUGUGCAGACUACCCUGGUAUGCCUUGCCAUACUCUGUGAUAUGUACUAGAUUCUCUCUACAUAAGAUGUUGAACUUAUCUUUGUAAACACAAGAGCUGUAAUUCUUUGAAGGUCAUGUGUGGUAUUAGCAUGACUUUUUUGGUUUGUGUUUUAAAGAUGGUCUUGAAAGCAUUUAAACAGACUCCUCUUUGUGUUUUCUAGGGUAAUUAAGCCUGACAUUUUGAAGUAUUUUGGUGGAUAUUGCAUGUCAGUUUGCCUUGUUGGUCUCACUGUGGUAGAAAUUGCACACCUGUAGAACAUAACAAGGUACAUAAUUUUAUUUUUUUUCUUUAAUGGAUAUGAAAUUUCCAGUGUAGUAAUCUCAUAGAAUAUUUGCUGGAAUUUUGCCAGAUCCAAAGUCCCCCAAGAGUGUGGCAUAUCCCUGAGUGGGAGAUUUCAGGCAUAAAACCAUAAUAUAGAACUUAUGGAUAAAGAGUGUAAUUGAGAGCAUGCUGGUUUAUUUUCUUUAAUGGAUAUGGAAUUUCCAGUGUAGUAAUCUCAUAGAAUAUUUGCUGGAAUUUUGCCAAAUCCAAAGUCCCCCAAGAGUGUGGCAUAUCCCUGAGUGGGAGAUUUCAGGCAUAAAACCAUAAUAUAGAACUUAAUGGAUAAAGACUGUAAUUGAGAGCAUGCUGGUGCACUGUCAUAGGUUGUGUAAUAAAAACUUGAGGCUUUUGCACUGCACAUAUUAUUUGAUGUAUGAAUAUAUUGCAGAUGCUCAUUUCCAUGCUACCUCCAGCUCAUAAACAUUCCAUAGCUCUCAACAAAUUUACAGAAUUGGUGUUGUUAUAUGUUAUAUUUCCUUAAAAGUUUGCUCGCAUGAAUGUAAAAUGUAAAUGAAAGAUGAAAUUAACAUCUGCGAUAAAAUCACAUGUUCGCAGCUCAAAAUAUAUAAUUUAGUGUUUUGUAGCCAUGCAUGCGGACAAUCACGUCAUCCUGGUUUUUUAAUUACAUCUUUUAACACAGCUGUAUUUGUGGGUUGUGUAUUGGAUAAGGUUAUUGUGGUGUAAUGCUUAGUGAAGUGCCUGUAAUAAUUAGAUAUGUAUAAUAGAAUCAAUCACAGGAAGUGUUUUCAUCAUUUAAACUCUGUCAAAGAAGACACUGUAUUCAAUGGAUUAUGAAUUUAUUAUUGGUAAUAGGAGUUAUUAAAGAAUACAUAAUGUAUGAAACAAACUAUUUUUUCAAUUUAUGGUUAUUUUGCAAAUUACUUUUUUUUCUCUGUUAAGUUUGAUCACAUGCCAGAUUUACUUAAUUAUGGUGAUAUACUAUAAUGUUACUGUUUCACUUAUUAUAUUAUAUUGAAAUGUAUAUUUUAUUUGCAUUGGGUGAGGCUGAAAUACAUGUAAAUGUAUGAUAUAGUACAAGAUGAAUGAUACAUGGAAAGGACAUCUUUGCUAACAAUACCUGUCAAAAUGAGCCAUCCUUUUGCAAAAAGGAACGUUUAAGGAAAGGGGAGUUACCCUUAAACAAGAUUAUUAAUCACUUGUAGAAAGUGAGAUGAUGAAUGUUGAAUAAUGACAUGUGAGAUUACUUUUUAUUGUUGGUAAAGAGAAGUAAAUUGCGAGGCUUCUUGUUAUUAUAGACAAGAAAAUAUUGAGUCUCCUUAAUGUACCAAGGAGGAGUUGUUGUUGUUGUUACAUUCGCUAGCCAUGCUAGAAUGAGGAGUGCGGCAUGACUAGCCCGGGUUACGCGUAUGCCACCCGGAAGAGUAACUGGAGAAGUGGUGGUGAUGGCUAUCUGUCGUGAUAGACAUGAGAUUAUGUACCAAGGAGUAUUGCAUUCAGCCAUGGUGCCAAAUUUGGCCGGCAACUUGGAAUCACAAUAGAUCACAAGUGACUACUAAAAAACUCACCCUGUAUUGUUUAUGACUGAACAGUUUGUUGAAAUGACUGAAUAGAAUAUGUUGUUGAAGGAAAGCCCAGAAUGUGGUAGUGAGUAUUAAGUCUCUCUCAUAUUGAGAUAAUUUAUUGUUAGUAAAACUAGAUUUGUUCUUUUGUUUACAUCCUCUUAUUGGUGCAGUGGCUACUUAUGUUUUGAUUAUUUAGCCAUUCUGUAUUGUAAGAAAGUAUUAAAAAAUUUAUUUUA